AUGUCGCCCUAUCGGUGGCGACUGCUGGCGCUUCUUGGGACUGCCGACGGCCGUGUCACUGUGCCCCUGCAGCGGCAGCAGCGGUGGUUGGAGGCGGAUCGCUGGGGGCGGCGGCAAAGUACCACAGAGUAUUUCGGCCUCCUCACUCUUGGUGCCCAUGGCGCCGAGGGUGCAGAGAGCCGGCCCUUUCGGGUCAGCUUCGACACUGGCAGUGCCAAUGUAGUGCUGCCUUGCUUUCAAGAAGACCAACUCGCACAAAGGCACAGCACCUGUGAUGCCCACACGGUGACCUUGGUCUUCGGCACCGGCGAGGUGAACGGCUCCUAUGCCGAGGGCGCCGUGUGCGUCGGGCAGCUGUGCGUGGAUCUGCGGAUAGUGCUGGGGCACACCUUUAGCGAGCAUCCCUUCAAGGAGGCACCCUUUGAGGGAGUGCUAGGUUUGGCACUCCCCGUCCUGGCGGAGGGCAGCAACUUCUCCUUCAUUGAUGAGUUGGUGAAACACCGGCAAUUGGAGUCCAAUGUCUUCGCUAUCUAUUUCUCCAAGGAAGGCCAUGCAGGGGGCGAGCUCUCGCUUGGCGGUGUGGAUGCAGAACGGAUGCAACAUGAGCUGAUUUGGGUGCCUGUCUCCAAACCUGGCUUUUGGCAGGUGGCGGUGCGGGAUCUCACCCUGGACGGCGAAGACAUGAAUCUUUGCGGGCCUCAAGGCUCUUAUCGUGCCUGUGCCUUGGCCCCAGACAGUGGCACCUCGGCCGCGCUGGCGGCGCCGAGUUGGCUGGCGCGGCGCUUGGCGGAGCAACUGGCGCCCGGCGAAAGCGCCGAGAGCUGUUGGGAGAUGCCACGCUUGGGCUUCCGGUUGGAGGAGUCGGACCUCCUCCUGGAGCUUGAGGCAUCUGACUACGCACAGGUCCACGAGGACUGUGAGCUGCAGCUGAUGGCAGUGGAUGUUCCAGCACCCCAUGGGCCGUUGAUCCUGCUGGGCGAUCCUUUUUUGAGGAAGUACUACACGGUCUAUGACCGCGAGAAGGGGAAGCUUAGCUCUCCUCAGGAGUCCUUGCAGCAACCCUCACAGGGCUUUUCGACUCAGCUACCAUCCACUCGCUCGGGAGAUCGCUCCUCCUUGGAUGCACUCAGUUUCAACGUCUCUGAGCGGAGGUAUGCUUCAGCCAAUUCCAGUGGUGCCCAGGUGGGCGGAGGCUCCUAUAAUGUGUACUUCGAGGAUCAUUUGUCCCGUUUGCAUGCCGACAUCGAGCUCACCACACGCAAGCUUGAGCUGGAGCAGCGGCGCCUGGCGAAGCUGGACAAGGACCUGGCCGCAGCAGAGUCAGAGUACACUCAGAAGCGCCAGAAGUACAAAGUCAUGCAAAGCUCUCAAGAGGAUGCUCAAGCAUCGCGCCAUAAGGAUUUGCUUCAACUGGAGAGGCAGCUGGACUUAGCAAUUGCAGGGUUCAACAAGCUCAAUGCCCACAAUGAUGGGUUGCGAGCGCAGAUUGACCAAUUGCGAAAGGAAAGGCAGCUCUUGGAUCACGUCUUUAGGAAGAUGGAGAAUUCCAUCCGUGCCAGCCGAAGGGCCAUUGAGGAGGCCAACACAGACAUCACAGGCAACAGGUCGGAACAUGACAAGAUGCAGCAAAGAUGCCAAGCAUUAGGGAAAGCUUUAGAGCGUGAGCGAAAGAACUUUCAGAAGCAGACUGAGGAGCUUAAGAAGCAGAUCAAUGAGCAGAACAAAAAGGCACGAGAGCAAGAGCUGCUGAGUCGUGCAGGUAGCCCCUCCGCACACGACGGGAGCCCGGGCUCCCGGCGGAAGAACUUCAUGGUGGCCGACGAGGAGGAGGCCUUCUCCGAGAGCGCCAUGCACCGGCGAAUCUUGAAAGUGUGCUUUCUCAAAACGAUCCAACGCAGGCACAUCAAGCAACAUAUGAAGAAUAUCGAAGUCUUCGAGCAGGCCUUCGCAACCAUCAAGUCCAGCACGCAAAUCAGCGAUAUUGAGGAGAUCGUCAAGAUCUUUGUGAGCCUGGAGCAGCGGAACUUUAGCCUCUUGACCUAUGUGAAUCAACUGAACCGAGACAUUGAAGCGAUCCAGAUUCAAAACAAGGAACUGGAGGCAACGAUCAAUGCCCGCAGCCCUGAGGGCAUCGCGGAAGCAGAGAAGUCCAAGGCUGCUGGACAAGAGAAAGAAUCCAGAGAAAUUGCUGAGAUCAAACAGCAGAUUCAGAAGACUCAAGAUGCAACAGCUGAGAAGGAUCGCGAUGUAGACAAACUCUCUAAUGACCUGGAGCAGUGCAGGCCAUACAUUUGGAAUAUUGUGAAGUUUCUAAAAGAGGAGAUCCCAGGACUUGUUGAGCAGGGCUAUGAGGGUGACCAGCCCUCCUUGAAGGUGUCUGCGCCCGACGAGCAUGAUGGUCAGAUGAGCCAUCACUUGAUGUAUGUCGAGGAGGCGCUGAUGCUCUUCCGCGCUUGCUUGGGUGGCGCAGAUGCUCGACAGACGGUGGUGCCGGCCAAGGUGCCUGCAGGCGGCCUGAAGAAGCCCACAGACUUGCCCUCAAUGGCACACUUCUCCUUGGCGACCACCACGCAGAUUGACGACGACGAUGACGAUGAUGAAGCUGGAAUUGAUCAAGGGACCUGGAGCCGCACUGAGCUGCGCCACAAGGCCAUUGAGAACAUCCGCCGACGCCGGAAGCGACAGCCUGGUCCAGGCAGCAAGAUGGCCGGGCUGGGUGACGAACGCCGGGUGGAAGAGGGCGAUGACUCUGGGAUGAAGAGGGAAGCAUCACUUCCGUCCAAGGAAACCCUCGCAGGGGAAUCUCAGUUCAGCAAGAGCCCUAGCGUGGUGGGUGGCAAGGAUGAGGAGGCGGGUCGUGAAGAGAUGUGGUGGCGCGGGGCCGGCCGCGAGAAGAAGAAGUAG